GCAUAAAGAGCCAGUGAGUCGCGAGCGAGACUGAUAUUGACAAACGAGUGAAAGGAAUCAUGAGAUGUUGUGCGUGACAAACAUUAGAACUCAGAUACGCUAUAUGGAUAAUAUCGACUACUGGUCAAAGAGAUUUUGCUGAAAGUCACAUUACAGCGGAAAAAUCUUGAAAAGGAAUGCCUGCACCAACCAACCCCUGACUGAAUAUUGUCAACCGAGGGAACGAGUGAGAUAAAAGAGGAAGAUGGGGGAGACUGAGGACGAGCGUACAUCUCAGGCUGGCCAGCUGUUUGAGAACUUUGUGCAGGCCACUACCUGUAAAGGCACCCUGCAGGCCUUCAGUAUCCUCUGCAGGCAGCUGGAGCUGAACCUCUCGGACCACAGGGACUUCUACAGCAGCCUGAAAGCUGCCGUCACCUACUGGAAGGCCAAAGGCCUCUGGGGGAAACUGGACAAGAGAGCCAGCCACAAGGAGUACAAUAAGGGCAAAGCCUGCGUGGACACCAAAUGUCUCAUCAUUGGUGGCGGUCCCUGUGGCUUUCGGACCGCCAUAGAGCUGGCUUUGCUUGGCGCCAAGGUCGUGGUGAUUGAAAAGAGGGACACCUUUUCCAGGAACAAUGUCCUUCACCUUUGGCCUUACACCAUCCAUGACCUCAGGAACCUGGGAGCCAAAAAGUUCUAUGGAAAGUUCUGUGCUGGGUCUAUAGACCACAUCAGUAUUCGUCAGCUGCAACUCAUGCUGUUAAAGAUUGCUCUCAUUGUUGGGGUUGAGGUGCACGUCAGCGUGGAGUUUAUCAAGCUUCUCGAGCCACCUGAGGGCCAAGGCACUGAUGGGCCUGGAUGGAGGGCAGAGGUCCGGCCAGCCGAUCACCCCAUCUCAGGCUAUGACUUUGAUGUGAUAAUUGGAGCAGAUGGAAGGAGAAGCACUCUUGAUGGCUUCAAGAGAAAGGAGUUCAGAGGGAAACUAGCUAUCGCUAUCACUGCAAACUUUGUCAAUCGCAACACGACAGCGGAGGCCAAAGUGGAGGAGAUCAGCGGAGUGGCCUUCAUCUUCAAUCAGAAGUUCUUCUUGGAGCUCAGGGAGGAGACGGGCAUUGAUCUGGAAAACAUUGUCUAUUACAAGGACAACACGCACUACUUUGUCAUGACUGCAAAGAAACAAAGCUUGCUGGACAAGGGUGUGAUCAUCAAUGACUAUAUUGAGACCGAGCGGCUGUUGGCGAGCGACAACGUAAACCAAGAAGCUUUGCUCUCAUACGCCCGGGAGGCUGCAGAUUUUGCCACAAACUACCAGCUUCCCUCUUUGGAUUAUGCCAUCAACCACUACAGCCAGCCAGAUGUAGCUAUGUUUGACUUCACCUGCAUGUACGCCUCAGAGAACGCUGCGCUUGUGAGGGAGAAGAACGGCCGUCAGAUGCUGGUGGCGCUGGUUGGAGAUAGUCUUCUAGAGCCUUUCUGGCCCAUGGGGACAGGAUGUGCUCGAGGGUUUCUGGCUGCCUUUGACACAGCAUGGAUGAUAAAGGGGUGGGCUCAGGGCAAAGAACCCCUUGAUCUUCUGUCAGAGAGGGAGAGCAUCUACAGGCUGCUGCCUCAGACGACCGCAGAAAACAUCUCCAAAAACUUUGAGCAGUACACCAUAGACCCAGCCACACGCUACCCCAACCUCAACUCCACCUGCGUACGUCCACAUCAGGUGCGGCAUCUGUACAUUAACGGCGAGCAGAGCUUGAGUUUUCAGGAGCGCAGUGGACCCACACGCACAUCCGUAAACAUCUCCACAAGAGAGUCAGAGGUGCGUCCCGGCCGGCUGCUGCAGUGGUGUCAGAAGCAGACUCAGGGCUACAGGGGAGUGGAUGUGUCUGACCUUACAACCUCCUGGAGGAGCGGCCUGGCUCUGUGCGCCCUCAUUCACCGUCAGCGGCCGGACCUCAUUGAUUUUGACUCCCUGAACGAGGCUGAUUGCGCUAAAAACAACCAGUUGGCAUUUGACGUGGCAGAGAGGGAGUUUGGAAUCCAGCCAGUCACCACAGGAAAGGAAAUGAAUGCGGAACAGGGGCCAGACAAGCUCAUUAUGGUGCUCUACCUCUCCAAAUUUCACGAGAUGUUCCGCAACUCUCCUCAAUCCAUCACAGGUGUGCCCAAAGAUACUGGUGCAAAUAAUGAAGACUAUUCAUCAAAGACCACAAACUCUCUUUACAACUCGAUAAAUCAAGCACUGCCUCGGAAGAGAAUCCCAAAGGUUGAUAAAAUGCUGGAAGACUAUGACAACAAAAAGAGGAAGAAGGCCAGGAGUCAUCUGGAGGAGCUAAUGCCCAAUCAGAGUGCUCCCCCUGUAGGUGAGAAAGAGGAACAGAAGGAAAAUAAGGUACGCUCCAUGGCAACUCAACUGCUGGCCAGGUUUGAGGAGAAUGCACCAAGCUGUGGAGUGCGCAAACAGACCAGCAUGCGGAAGGAGUUUCCUCAGGGUCUGGGCGGCAGUGACAUCUGUCACUUCUGUGAGAAGCGCGUGUACAUCAUGGAGCGGCUCAGUGCGGAGGGAUGCUUCUUCCACAGAGAGUGUUUCCGCUGUAACAUCUGUGGUUGCACGUUGCGUCUGGGUGGUCAUGCUUUCGACUCCAACCAAGGCGCUUUUUACUGCAAGCUGCACUUUUCUCAGCACAAAAUCAGCAGUAGGCAUCGAAGAGGAGAGAUCAAUGGAGUUGGCAGACCCUCGUCCAGCGCUAGUUCUGAUUACACGGCCACAGACGGCCUCCGCGGCCUGUCCUCAGGAGCCGAAUCAGACUCCGUUCUCAGAACUCAGGAUGACUUGAAGGGUUUGUCGAACCCCAGCGCUCUGGCUGAGGGUGCAGAGGUGCAGGACCUCUCAGACGCCACGGAGGUCAUAAACGUGAGUGAAGUCAAAGAUUCAUCUAAAAAGCCCGAUCCUGCAGAUUCUGCACCUGCGUGUCCCGAUUCUCCACUGCAGAAAGUGAAACGCUCUACAUCCAAAGGGGAGAUUACCAACAAAAACAACCUCUGGAAGAAGAAAAUCCGAUACACUCUGCCCCUCAUCCUGAUGAAGAAAUUUCACCGUGGAAAACCAGACGAUAGAACUGAAGUCCUCGCAGAGGAAGACGGAGACUCGGACUUUGAGGAGAUCCAUGAAUCUAUCUUCUCAACAAAGGCUGCAACAUCCACCACAGAGUCUGACUGCCCCCUAAUGGAGGACAAGAGGUCGACACCCAUGCAAGAGAUCCCCAAAAUCCCUCUUUAUCGCACACGUUUCCUUCCUGAAUCCCCAAAACCCAGCACUUCCUCUCCAGAUCCAGUCGUCAUGGCCGUUCCCUCAGAAGCGAAUUCCCUCAGCCCCAAGAAGAAGCUUGUGCUGUCUUUAUCUGAAAAGGAGAGGCUGCUCGACUGGGACUUGGUCGCUCCGGAAAAUCCCUCAAAUUCUGAGGGAGAACAAAUUGACAGAACCUCAACGAAUCCUUCAAAUGAUCAACCAGAACCAGAAGCUCCACCAAAACCAAGCCGUCCCCAACCUGAACCCACUCCUCCACUCUUUGGCUUCCAACAGUGGGCCAGCAGUCUCCGGAAGUCCUUAUCCUCCAGAAAAGGGAACAACCCUGUGGUCCUCAGGGGAAACCGACCUUUGAAAGCCAGGCCGUUGUCUGAGGGGUCCUUCAACCUCAGCGGCUUGUUUAGCAGCAGCAUUCGGAGGAACCAGGAUGGGGAACAUAGCAACACGUUUCCCGAUGGCAGUCAAUCCAGAGUGAAGACAGGAAGUGAGCUCACCACGUUACUGGAGCAGGUGGCUCUCGGCUCCAAAACCCACAAGGGCACAAAAGAUGAUAUGGCCUCCCUACCACCCAGAAAACUCAAUUUCUUCUCCUCUCUGCGCAUUAAGAGGAACGAAGGAGCAGAUCAGACCAAAGGAGACAACCAGAAGGACAUCUUGACCAUUCUUUCCAGGUUCAGAAGCAAAGCUUCUGCUCAGCAACAACAACAAGAGUCCAACUCAUCUAGUGAAGAGGAACAGAAUUCAGACUCACAAAGGACCUUCGGUGACAUCUCACUGAAGAAAAAAGAGAAAAGAGCCAUCCAACAAACCAAGAGAGAUCAGCUGAAAAUACUUCACAGGGCUCAGGUAAUCCAGAGACAGCUGGAGGAAGUUGAAGAGAAGCAGAGAGCUCUGGAGGAGAAAGGUGUAGCUCUGGAGAAGAUGCUCAGAGGAGAAACUGGCGAUGAUUCUACAGAUGAGACCACGCUACUGCAAACCUGGUUCAGUCUGGUCCUGGAGAAGAACAAACUGUCGCGAUACGAGUCUGAACUCAUGAUCUUUGCUCAAGAACUGGAGUUGGAGGACACUCAAAGCAGGCUACAGCAAGACCUUAGACGGCGAAUGGCCACUGAAGACUGUGAGAAGAGUGCGAGUGAGCUGACGGAGGAGCAGAGCCUGCUGGUGGAGAUCAUGAAGGUGGUGGAGAAAAGAGACAAACUGGUGAGUCUGCUGGAAGAGCAGCGGCUGAAGGAGAAAGCGGAGGACAGAGAUCUGGAGAGCAUGAUCCUCUCCAGAGGCUAUCAGUUCCACUGGACCUGAACUUCUCACGCUGGAUGAAGAUCUGCUGGACUGACCUACAAGAAGAGAUACUUUAGACUGAGAAACCCUUAUUUGAAGAUCAGCUUCUGGAUCUUGAACAAACUGUAACACGCUUGUUUAAUCAAACCCGACUGAAUGCUGCCUGGUGUGUUCUUGAAAAGAAAUAAACCAAACACGUGCCUCUUUAAUAACAGAAAAUGAUGAAUGUUAGAUUUCAAAACACGGGUUGCACAGCCACAGAGUUGAGAGGAUGGACUGCAAAUGUUAUUCACACUGGUUCAAUGGUAUUUAUAUAGUUAAAGCUAUUUUUUGUGGACUUGUUUGAUUUAUUUUCCUGUUUUGUUAAAAUGUUCUUAAUAAAUGUUUGCUCCGUUCUUUAGUAGAUGUUCCAAUAGAGGCCAAAGUUUAAUGGCAGUGAUAAAGCAUGUCUGUUGAGUGUUUGUCUUUUAGGCUUGCAAUGAACAGGAUAUCUUAUGUGACCUAAAGUUGCAGCGAUUUCUAAAGUAAAACCAAAUAUAAUUGUUUCAAGAAUCAAGAACUGCUUUUAUUUUAUUUUUAAUUUUUGUCUGUCUGUUGCCUUAUGUAAUUUAUUUAAUAAAUGUAAAAACAAUGAGUCGACUCUUCUAAAUAUCUAAAAAAAUAAAAUAAAAAUAAGAUUCAA